AAACCGGAAGACCGUGAGUAGCUGCGGCGGGGCUGACCCAUCCUGAGUGCCAAAGCUGGGGUUCUACUUAAAAUUUCCCUCGUGGUGUCAGGGUCCGGCGAGCAUCACGCCGAAGUCCACUUUCCAGACGACCACGACGAGACCGGGGUCACUGCAUUUUCUGGGAGGCACUGUGCGUGACAGUAGGAAGACAAUGCUGAGAUGCAGUCCGUGGCUGUGGAGUAACUCCAGCGUCUUGGGGGUGUAGUCUGUAAAUGUAUGAUGAUGUUUCGAGCUGUGAGAGAGGCUGCCCCUUGCCGUCUAUCUGACUCCAACUCUACUGCUCUCCACCUCGCUCACUCUGGCUGCCUCGUUUCUCACACACUUCACUGCUCUAGGAUUUUCACAGUUGUUGAUCGUUUUGCCUGGAACCCUCUCCACAGUUGUGUACGUGGUUCUCUCCUUCACUGGGUUCAGGCUGUGCUCAAAUGCCACCUUCUCAACGAGACUUUUCCUGGCUGGGUUUGCUGAAACCGUGCCCUCAGCCCAUUACCAGAUCCCCUUCUCCUGGACGGGUGGUUUGCUUUAAUACAGUUUUCAGUACUGCUUGGCAUUGGGCUACGUAUUUGUUUUUUGUUAUCUGCUUCCUCAAAGAGCAUAUGCUUUCCAUCGUGCACUUUUCUCUCCUCAGGAACCCUGGCGCCCCUUACCAGCUUCCAGUCUCUCGAGGUGGCCAGUGUGGUGCUUGGUCCUUAUUUCCGGGAUGGACUUCCCCCACUCCCUCCGCCCCGCGUUGUUUAUGACUGGACCCCUUGGUCUGAGCGACAUCCCUGACCUCUCUUUCAUGUGCAGCUGGCAACAUGCGCUGACUCUGCCAGAGACCCAGCCCCAGAACUCAGAGAGUGGGGCACUGCAUGUGACCAAGGACCUGCUGUGGGAGCCGGCGACCCCUGGGCCUCUCCCCAUGCUGCCUUCCCUCAUCGAUCCCUGGGACCCUGGCCUGACUGCCCGGGACCUGCUUUUCCGCGGAGGGUACCGGUAUCGGAGGCGACCCCGAGUCGUGCUGGAUGUUACUGAGCAGCCGGUUCCUCUGGGAUCAUGGAGACGUAGCCUUUGCACCCCUGGGGAAGCUGAUGCUGGAGAAUUUCAAGCUGGAGGGAGCAGGGGUGAGUGGCCCAUGACACCAGGGGUAGGGACUCCCUGCUGUCCUUCAGGGGUGAACUUGAGGGUGUGUGAGCUUGACGAGGCCUUUCCAUGCAGAGCCGCACUAAGAAGACGACAGUGGUCAGUGUGAAGAAACUGCUCCAAGACCUCGGUGGACACCAGCCCUGGGGGUGUCCCUGGGCUUACCUCAGCAACCGACAGCGCCGCUUCUCUAUCCUUGGGGGCCCCAUCCUGGGCACAUCGGUGGCAAGCCACUUGGCAGAGCUGCUGCACGAGGAGCUGGUGCUGCGGUGGGAGCAGCUGCUUCUGGAUGAGGCCUGCACUGGGGGUGCGCUGGCCUGGGUGCCUGGAAGGACACCCCAGUUCGGGCAGCUGGUCUACCCUGCUGGAGGCGCCCUGGACAGGCUGCGUAUCCUUUCUUGCGAGACAGGAGAUCCCAGCGGGCUCCCGUCUGGUGGAGGAGGAGGUGCUCUUGGCAUGGUCCAGGGAAGGGCAGGAAUGUGGGGCUUGCAGUGGCCACAGCUCGUGCACUGAUCCUUAGUGAGAGGCCCAGAUUUUCAAGAGGUUGUUCUGAGCCCAGGUGACAGUCCCCAAUUCCUUGGGAACCCUGGACGCAUCCAGCUCCAGGGACCUGUCCGGCAGGUGGUGACAUGCACUGUCCAGGGAGAAACUCUGCUGGCCGUCCGCUCUGACUACCAUUGUGCCGUGUGGAAGUUCGGUAAACAGUGGCAGCCAAGCCUUCUGCAGGCAAUGCAGGUGGAGAAGGGGGCCACAGGGAUCAGCCUCAGCCCUCACCUGCCCGGGGAGCUGGCCAUCUGCAGCCGCUCAGGAGCCGUCUGCCUGUGGAGCCCUGAGGAUGGGUAUUGCCACUUCCCAUGAAACCCCCCACCCUAACACACUGAACUCUGGCCCGUCACUCCCUGUUCAGCAUGUCGCGACCCUUGAUUCCCUUCCACAUCAGCCUGUCCCCUCUACCCAUGGCUUGCCCAUCUCCCCAAGGCUGCAGCAAGUCUACAAGGACCCCGAGACCCUUGUGUUCCGGGACUCCUCUUCCUGGCGUUGGGCAGACUUCACCGCCCACCCUCGGGUGCUGACUGUGGGUGACCGCACUGGAGUGAAGAUGGUUGACACUCAGGGCCCGCCGGGCUGUGGUCUGUUGCUUUUUCGUGUGGGCGCAGAGGCUUCGUGCCAGAAAGGGGAGCGUGUCCUGCUCACCCAGUACCUGGGGCACUCCAACUCUGAAUGCCUGCCCCCUACUCUCCAUCUCGUCUGUACCCAGUUCUCUCUCUACCUAGUGGAUGAGCGCCUCCCCCUGGUGCCGAUGCUGAAGUGGAACCAUGGCCUCCCCUCCCCACUCCUGCUGGCCCAACUGCUGCCUCCGCCCCGACCCGGCUGCGUGCAGCCCCUGCUCCUCGGAGGCCAGGGUGGGCAGCUGCAGCUGCUGCACCUGGCUGGAGAAGUGGCGUCGGUGCCUCGCCUGGCAGGCCCCCCCCAGUCUCUUCCCUCCAGGACUGACUCCCUCCCUGCAUUUCCUCUGCUGGAGCCUAAGAUCCAGUGGCGGCUGCAGGAGCGCCUGAAAGCACCAACCAUAGGUCUGGCCGCCGUCGUCCCACCCUUGCCCUCGGCGCCCACACCAGGCCUGGUGCUCUUCCAGCUCUCGGCGGCGGGAGACGUCUUCUACCAGCAGCUCCGCCCCCAGGCGGACUCCGACCACCGCAGAGACUCCGGGCCUCGCAGCGACACCGAAUCUGACUGUCAUGCCCCCACUGCUUCCUGGACCUCCCAGGACACUGCCGGCUGCAGCCAGUGGCUGAAGGCCCUGCUAAAAGUGCCCCUGGCUCCUCCUGUGUGGACAGCACCCACCUUCACCCACCGCCAGCUGCUGGGUAGCAUAGAGCGGCGGCGGGAGGAAGAGGAAGGGCAGCGGCCGGACGUGCUCCGCAAGGCCAUGGCCCAAGGGCGGCUCCUGCUGCAGAGAGACCUGGGCUCCCUCCCUGCGGCAGAGCCACCCCCUGCGCCCGAGUCAGGCCCAGAGGACAAGCUCAGUGAGCGCCUGGGGGAAGCCUGGGCAGGCCGAGGGGCUGCCUGGUGGGAGAGGCAGCAGGGCAGGACCUCAGGGCCCGGUAGACAGCCCAGGCGGCCCAAGCGCCGGACCCAGCUGUCCAGCACCUUUUCGCUCAGUAGCCAUGUGGACCCCUCAGAGGACACCAGCCCCCCUCACAGCCCUGAGUGGCCACCUGCUGAUGCUCUGCCCCAGCCCCCCGUGACCCCACCCUCCCAGGAGCUGACUCCGGAUGCGUGUGCCCAGGGCGUCCCCGCAGAGCGGCGGCAGAUGCUCCAUGACUCCAUGGCUAAGCUGCCACCCCAAAGGGGCACCCCAGGAUGUGCCGCCACACCCCCCUCCUCCCAGGCCUCCAGCGUCUGGACCACCCGCUCCCAGCAGCACACACCCAUCCUCUCUGGCUCUCAGCGCCCCCGGAAGAAGCCUCGAAUGGGCUUCUGAGGACACAAGGUGGCCUGCCCUCAAGCCCCAGAGAGCCCCUCAUCCUUCCUCCGGGACCAGAUGUGCCUUCCACAGUUGAAACUUAAGAAGCAGAGCUCGCCGGGCGCCGUGGCUCAAGCCUGUAAUCCCAGCACUUUGGGAGGCCGAGACGGGCGGAUCACGAGGUCAGGAGA